AUGAGCAAUGUGAAUGAUCCUUCUUGGUCUGAAUACUUCACCGGUGAUGAACUUGAAGAAAUCAGCAAUCACAAUAAUCCAGCACUACCAAAAGUGUCAGAGAAGGUCAAGAACCAUCUCGACCUCUUCCGCACCUUCGACGCAAGCAAAAAUCCCAAUGGCAAGCAUCGCCAAGCAACGGAAUUGUAUCGAUGGGCCUACUUCCCAUUAACCGAUCAUUCCGAGGGUGAUCUUUUGCGCCGUGUCUGGCAAUUUGUAGACACUUGCUUUGAUGAUCAGAAAAUACAAGUUCGAGGUGGGGAGAAAACAAGCGCUGCGUCCGCAUUACGCAAGAAUGAAGGUCGUAACAACGCUGGUGUGGAAGCCAUGACCCGUAAAGCAUUGGGUCACCGUGGUGACUUGAUUUUUGUCAAGUCAGGGCUUGAAUUGGGCUGUGGUGAGCUCGGCCGGUACGACCGUGGGCCAAAAGGGUCGAAGGAGAUGCGUGAGGGGUUCCUAAAGACCCCAAAGAUGAUGAAAGAUGAGUUGUGCGCGCUCAUUGCCAAGUGUCCCGACCAAGUUGCCAAGUUGAGGAUUGUCGGAUUUAUCUCAAUGGGUAAUUUGGAAACUUGUUUAAUCUAUAUCUAA